AUAAGAGUUCCUUGUCAUCGUGUUUUCCGUUCCAGUGUCGGAAGACAAUUUCCAUAGGAAAAAGGAAAAAGAGAAACAGAAAUGGCGUUGAGGCUGAGCUCAAGAGAUGUAGCUGGAUUCAAAUUCCUCUUCUUUCUAGCGACCAUCUUCAGUCUCAUAUCGGUUCUUGUUUACUCCACAAUUCACAUGAAAUUCAUCAAGCCUCUCGAGAUCGACGCCCCUCUCGAUCGCUUCUCCGAGGCCAGAGCCAUCCAACAUGUUGCAGUUCUAACCAAAGACGGCCGUCAAGAAGGGCGUCCCGGAUUAAGAAAAGCGGCGGUGUAUAUUAAAGAACAGUUAGAAAUGCUAAAGGAGAGAGCUGAAUCCAAUAUCAGAAUUGAGGUUGAAGAGGCAACUGUUAAUGGUACAUUUAAUAUGAUGGUUCUAGGGCACAGCAUGUCUUUCUCUUAUAGAAACCAUAUAAAUAUUGUUGCCAGGAUAUCGUCAGCAGAUUCGCAAGAAACUGACCCGUCUGUUUUAAUUAAUGGCCAUUUUGAUAGUCCUCUUGGUUCACCAGGAGCUGGUGAUUGUGGUUCAUGUGUUGCAUCAAUGCUGGAAUUAGCUAGAGUUACUGCAGAAUCGGGCUGGAUUCCUCCUCGACCUAUUAUUUUUCUUUUUAACGGCGCAGAAGAACUUUUUAUGUUGGGUGCACAUGGGUUCAUGAAGACACAUAAAUGGCGUGAUUCAAUUGGAGCUUCUAUAAAUGUGGAAGCAUCUGGGACAUCUGGUCCUGAUUUAGUCUGCCAAUCUGGACCUGGGUCUUGGCCUUCUCAAUUAUAUGCAGAGUCUGCAGUAUAUCCCAUGGCACAUAGUGCUGUUCAGGACGUCUUUCAUGCUAUUCCUGGAGAUACAGAUUACAGAAUAUUUUCCCAUGAUCACGGAAACAUUCCAAGCCUGGAUAUUAUCUUUCUUCUUGGUGGUUAUUACUACCAUACAUCCUAUGAUACAUUGGACAAAUUACUACCUGGGAUCAUGCAAGCACGUGGAGACAAUUUGUUCAGCAUACUGAAAGCCUUCACAAAUUCUUCUAAGCUACGAAGUGCUCGAGAGAGAGAAUAUCUUAAAGCUUCAAUCAAUGACUACAAGGAUGAGAGGGCUGUUUUCUUUGAUUUCUUAUCAUGGUUCAUUAUAUUCUAUUCAAGAAGGGUAGCUCUGGUACUUCAUAGUAUUCCCAUUGUCAUUUUUCUUGUCAUGCCAUUCCUUUUGCAUUUUUGGGAUUCUAGGUCACGUUCUUGUUUUGCAACCUUCUAUGAUUUUGUGAAAGGAAUGCUUUUCCAUGCUGCUGGAAUUAUAUUGGCUAUUAUUUUCCCAGUUAUCUUUGCCACUGUGAGACUGUUCUUCACUAGUUAUGCGAUGAGCUGGUUUGCAUGUCCAUACCUGGCAUUCCUGAUGUUUGUCCCAAGCUCACUUGUUGGUUUGCUGAUUCCAAGAACUGUUUGGGGUUGUUUCCCCCCCUCACAAGAUGUUUCAGUCAUCAAUAAAUCAGAGGCUCUAUCUGAAGAAGCAAGGUUUUGGGGAGCAUUUGGAUUUUAUGCUUGCAUAACUUCGGCCUAUCUGGUAGCUGGGCUCGGUGGAGGAUUUCUGACCUUUAUUGUGUUGGCAUCUAUGCUUCCUGCAUGGAUCUUCUUUUCCCUAUCUGUCAAGUCCUAUGAUCAUCAUCAAUCACCCAGGCCAGCAGUUUUUUAUGUAAUACCUCUAAUUCCAUGUCUCACUUACUCAGCAUAUUUUAGUGGAUCUGUAAUCCAAUUUUUGAUCGAGAAGAUGGGUAUGAUAGGUUUUCUCCCACCUCCCUAUGGGUAUUAUGUUGCUGAUGUUUUCGUGGCAGCAACAAUUGGCGUUGCAACUGGUUUGUGUGUGGGCCCAAUAAUACCUGUGUGUAGUCAGUGGUUAGCUCGGUCUUCAAUCUUGCAGCUCUUGUUGCAUGUUAGUGUGCUUGCUCUGGCUUUGUCAUCUCAAUUCUUUCCAUACAGCAAUCUUGCACCAAAGAGGGUUGUUUUUCAGCAUACGCUUGUUACUACAGAUGCGAUUAGGAUUGUGAACUCCAGCUAUGGAUUUUCUGUUUUAGAUUCCAAUUCUUUAUCAUUUCUUUUCAAAUAUGCUCCUGAAGUGGCAAAGGGACUGCAUAUGGGCCAAGAGUUAUCUUUUGAAACUGCUAGUAUGUCUCCCCGAGAGACCUGGUUGGGAAUUUUUCCAGUGUCUCUUUUGUUUUCGCAAAGCUUAAAGUUCCCUGCAAGGAGUGAUGGCGUUUUUAAACAAUAUAGAUAUUUCCCCAACUUAUCUACUUACAAGCCACAUACCAUCUCCAGUGAUAGAUCUCGGAGAGUUUACUUGGAAUUUUCCUUGGGUGAUUUGGAGGAGGUUUGGGUUGCAGUCCUUAACAUCACCGGUCCUUUAUCAAGCUGGUCAUUUGCAGACAACAUGCUUCCAGAUCCUGAAACAGUGGAAGGUGGUCCGCCAUCCUACAUAUUGAGACUUAGUGGAACCAGCCAAGCAAACUGGACUUUCUGGUUAGAGGCCAGCAGUUCUGAUGAUUUAAGGGUGGAAGUUGCUGUUGUAGACCAAGUUUUAGAUGAUGAAGCACAGAGGUUGAAAGGCCUUUUCCCAGACUGGGCAGAUGUCACUGCUUAUUCUAGCUUUAUGUCCAGCUACAUUUUCUAAUCCUCUGGAUUUUUGAACUUCCAAUGUAUAAACUUUGCCCGAAAAUUAUAUAGACCCAGAUGAUAACCAUCGCAAA